CACACACACAGAGGCAGAGCUCGACCGAGCGGAUGGCUAGGCAUUGAUGCCUCCUUUUCUUCCUCACCUCUCUCUCUCCCCCAACCCAGCGCAAUGGAGCUUACAAUGGAAAACCUCGGGAAUAUCCACGGUGUCAGCCAAGCCAGCGACCUGAUGAACAGUUCCCACAAUCGCCAGGCGUCUCACCGGAGCCUGGCGCCUCACGGCCGGCCCGCCAUGGUCUCCAGCAUGGCUUCGAUCCUGGAAGGCGGAGAGUACCGGCCGGAUCCGAGCCUGGCAGGACCCCUGCACCCGGCGAUGAGCAUGUCGUGUGAGAGUCCGCCCGGGAUGAGCCUGAGCAGCACCUACACCACGCUGACCCCGCUGCAGCACCUGCCGCCCAUCUCCACCGUGUCGGAGAAAUUCCACCACCCUCACCCUCACCACCACCACCACCAUCACCACCACCACCCCCCGCACCAAAGACUGCCCGGCAACGUCAGCGGCAGCUUCACCCUCAUGAGGGACGAGAGGGGCUUACCUUCCAUGGGCAAUCUCUACAGCCCUUACCACAAGGACAUGGCUAGCAUGGGGCAGCCGCUGUCCCCUCUCUCCAACGGACUGGGCACUUUGCACAACUCUCAGCAACCCCUCACCCCUUACGGCGGGCACAUGGCUAACGAGAAGAUCCUGUCGCCCAGCGGCUUCGAGUCGCACGCUGCCAUGCUCUCCCGGGGAGAAGAGCACCUCGCCCGGGGACUGGCGGCUCCCGGAGCCGGCAUGAUGGCCCACCUCAACGGCAUACACCAUCACGGGCACCAUCACGGCCAGGCCAACGGCUCCCUGCUCUCCUCCGAGCGAGACCGCCAGGCGUCGGUGUCCGCCUCGCAAAGCGGCGGCUCCAACCAGGUCGAGGAGAUCAACACCAAGGAGGUGGCCCAGAGGAUCACCGCCGAGCUGAAACGCUACAGCAUUCCGCAGGCCAUCUUCGCCCAGCGCAUCCUGUGCAGGUCACAGGGGACUCUCUCAGACCUGCUGAGGAACCCCAAACCCUGGAGUAAGCUCAAAUCCGGCCGCGAGACCUUCAGGAGGAUGUGGAAGUGGCUUCAGGAGCCGGAAUUCCAAAGAAUGUCAGCCCUAAGGCUUGCAGCUUGCAAGCGUAAAGAGCAAGAACAAAGCCGAGACCGAGCCACCACUCCCAAAAAGCAGCGCCUUGUCUUCACUGAUCUUCAGCGCCGCACACUGAUUGCCAUAUUCAAGGAAAACAAACGGCCAUCCAAAGAAAUGCAGGUCACCAUUUCGCAGCAGCUGGGGCUGGAGCUCAACACAGUCAGCAACUUCUUCAUGAACGCCCGCAGACGAAGCAUGGACAGAUGGGUGGAUGAGCCAUCUACCACCACUGGGCCACCAGCGUCAGCUGCAAGCACUUUUACCAAAGCGUGACAGAGGGGGAUUGUGGGCAAGCAAGCGUGCCUGCUACUACACUCUGGAAUUAAGACAAAAACCAAAACAUAAAAAAAAGGCUUUAAACCAAAUAAAAACACGAUUUUUAGAAAUAAAUAAAUUCCAAAGAAAAUCAAAUCGGAGACACGUGUACACCUUGCUCCACGGCAGGGUUAUAAAGGAGCUGGUCGGGAGAUAAGUUGCACUGUGUCGCUGGCUGUUGAUGCGGGUCUGGAAGCACAUAAAAAGUACAUAUUCGGGUAAUUUUCAUGACAAACUCUCGCACUAUAAAGGUCAUUGUAGAAUAGCCUGUAUGAGGAAAUGACCUAGUCAUAGACUAAAUAUAUUAAAAAAAAGUGUUUGUUGAUAUUUAAGUCUGGAUGGAAUUUAUUUCCGAAAUGUCUCUGUUACCAAAGAAGAUAAAAGACACAAACUUUUCCAACAAGGAUUGGAAUCCCAAAACAACUCUUUCCCAACUCCCUUCCCCCUCCCCCCUCAACCCCGCCCCCCAAAAAAGAUAAAGAUCGAAAAUGAUUUGUCACUCAAUGGCUAGUUGCAGAAACGAAGUGAUAGAGAGGAAAACUUGUGCCAAUAGCAACAGCUGCCUUAAUGAUAAUCACAUGUGAUGGUACGACAUGACUUGUUGUUGCAAUACCUACAAGAUGACUUGUGCCAUAUACAAUACCAAAAACAGAGAAUUUUCCACGAAAAACAAAAUCUUUUUUAAAUGUCUCAUGCUACUUCAUGAGGCAUAACAUCACUGGAUACUGAAUUUUUAAAAAAAAAAUGCGGGUAGAGUACCAUCUAAUGAUAAAGGUUCUUUUUCAAUGAACUGAUUCGCUUUGCUGUGGGAGUUAGGCACCUUGUUGAUGAAGACGAAAUUAGACACUAGUGUACUGAGAAAAAAAACAACUUACCAGAUUCACAAAAGAAAAGAACCAAAAAUAACCAAGCUUUUGGUAUGUAAGAGUAAUAACAUUAUGAUGAAUAGUACAUUGUUAAAAAUGAAUAUUAAGGUACUAUUGAAGAGGCACAGAUGGAAUGUCUGAUCGGUAUUUCGCUAAAACUCCUCUAAUGUUGUUUCUGUCUUGUUGUGAUGUGGUAAAGCUUGAUUCUUUAACCAAAUCUAGUAGUAUUAAGUGGGAAGCAAAAAGGCUUCCCGUUGUGAACUUUGUAGAGACAUUUAUAGUGAGAACCAAAAAGGCUACCUCACUGAAUUUCAAUUGUGAUUUUAAAAUCACGUCUGAUACCAAAGAUUUCCUUGCACGAUCUGCGUUUUGUAACUCCUCCCGCACUCAACCUCUCAGUCCUCCAAAUCGCAAACACAUUCUGAUAACAAAAUUCCUUAAACCUUUUAAAGUGAUGCAGGAGACUACUAGUAGAGAGUGACCACAAGACGAGUGCCUUGCUUGAACCAAAGCGAUGACUAUUUGUAGACCUCUGUGCUUUGAAACUUGUGUAAACCUCAGUUUUAGAAGCAGAGUUUUCUGCUCAGCCUUUCACCAUCCUACCUACGUUGUGGAGUAACCGGGGCACAACGAAUCUUACUGAGACAACUGAGUAGAGUGGGCAGAAGUGCCCUUGAAUUUAAUCUAACAGGCGGGGAUGUCAUGUUGCCAAAAUCUGCCCCAGACAAAUGCAUUGAUUGCCUAAAUAAUAGUUAUAGUCCCUGAUGAUGAUAUUAGUGCACAUGUUUUGCUUUUUAUAAAAAACAAAACAGAAACUUCUGAGUCUGGGAAGAUUCUUAAAUGGCAAUCUAUUCAAAAUGUAAUUGAUUCUUGCAUAAUUGCAAAAGGCAAAGUGUGAACGUUUUGUUUUAUAUGUGUAUUUAUGUAUUUAUUUAAUUUAUGAAUUUUACUCAUCUACAUUAUUAAACAUUAUGCUUUAAAUUAUACAUUCAUAGCAGAAGCUUAACCCUGUAUAUAUAGGAGAUGACAUCAAGGGCAAUUCUGGGAUUUGGAAUGUGGAGAAAGAGAGAGGAACAUACCUAGGUCUUAAAAGAAUUGGGAAACACAGAGAUACCCUCCCCGUAUAUCUUACAUCCUUGAUUGUGACUAUGAUUCAUGGAGUCUAUAAGCAAAAGGGAGCAUAUGGAACCAAACAUUUCUUAGGGAUUAGGAUCAUGUAAAUUAUGUAAAUAAUCAAAAAUUCAAAUUAAGCUAAGAGUUACAUAAAUACUUUUUUUCUGAGAAAUCCCACUGAAAUCCAUAAGCAUUGGGCAUUUGUAGAGGAGGUCAGUAAAGUGAAUCUAUCUCCUGGAUGAAAACAAACUGGAGAACAAAGCACUAUCUUUCUCUACCCAUUGAACCAUUCCUUGUUGCUAUUCUCUUCUGUAUAUUCCUGCAAAACUGAAUGCUGUUACUUAGGUUAUAUAUUUCAAUGUGUGAAAUUCAAAUGAUAUGUAGCUAUAUUUUGUAUCUUACUCUGUCCAACCAUAACAAUGCCUAGGUCAUUUUGGGACUAAACAUACUUUCUAUAUUGCAUGUAUGAAAAUAAAACAAUAAACAAAUGAAUUUAGUCUCAGCAAGGAUUAUGUUCUGAUGAGCCAUUGCUGAAGAGCUGCUCAUCACAUUAUAGAUUCCUGUCAAACACUUCAAUGCAAAGGGAUACACCAUCCUAACCGCAGAGAGAAUCACCCUGUCCAAAAUAAUCUGAACUAUCAAAGUCUGGAAAAGUAGAAAGAAAUCUCCAGCAUAUUAUAUUGCAUUGAAUAUAACUACGUCAUACAAUGUCUCAGCCUGUAAUGUGUCCUAACCUAAGGCGGACUUAAUAAUGCACUCAUGGCCUAAAUCAAUUCUGAGUUAUUAAUGUUUCCUCAUUGUGAAAAAUCUUCAUGUUCUAUUGAAUGUUCUAUCUAUAUUUUAUAUUUAUUUAAUAACAUGACAGAUUACUUUCUAUACUGUAAUGCUAAUAGUUCAAUGACAAUCCUCAAAUAAAUAAACAGACUGAAAAGCAAGUACAAUCAUUUUUAGUCAACAUACGAUUCAAGGAAGAAUUGACCAUUCAUGCAAGGUGAACUUUCUCAUUAACCCAAACUCAUUAUCACUCAUCUUCAUUUCAACUCUGACACAGAACGUGUGCACUAACAUUCUGGUAGUAUGUGAUUGGCUUUACAAAUAACGAACUGUUUUAAGAAUAUACCAAAGUUCCCAUUGUUGCGGGUGGGCCUGUGACACAGACCGUGCAAGCUUAUGACAAUUUCUCAGAAAUACCUCAACUAUUAAUGUAUAGUUUAUGUGAUAAAUACUAGCUAGUUUUGGAAAUUGUGACUUGAAGCUUUAUACUGUUAAAUUAUAAUUUUGCAGAAGGUGGCAUGUAUACUUUGAUGCGUUCAUGGAAGACAUAUGAAUGUUAUGGCAAUGAAUUAGAAAGCUGAUGCUGGUUGAUAAAGGACCCCGGAGUUUACACUUUUCAUACUUUUACAGUCCUUUGAGGUAAUUUUAUGUUCAGAUGUGUUUCUUUCCGAGUCAUGUCUUAAUACAGUAUUUAUAAGUGUUAUGUGUUCAGCUAUAACUAAAAAAAACAGAUAAACUAAAAUUAUGAUUUAUGCAUGAAUAUGUACUCUUUAUAGAGCUAAUGUAUGGUUAGUAUUGGAAAAUGAUUGAUUUUAAUACCAAAUUUCAUUUUGAAUAGGAGUUAUGCAUGGAAACUGUUAUUUGUUGCAUAUUGUGGAAGAAUUUUGUAUAUAUUGUGUUGUGAUGACACUCUGACCUGAUUUGAAAAGCUGAGGUGCUGAGUUUGUGCAUUAACUGCAGGUGGUGUUGGCUGUGCCUAUGGUCAAAUGUAAAGAGAUAACCCAAACCUGGUUAUUCUUAUAACUGCGCAGGGCCAGCUGUAUAGUGCAGAUAGGAGAAUAGCAAGUGAGAAAAAAAUGUCCAUGAUUCCGUGUUAAAACUUAAAAAAAAGAAAAAAAAGCUUGAACAAAUAGUGAUCUUGACAAUACAGUCUAGACAAAACAUUAAAUAAAAAUCCCUUUUAGUCAAAUUUUUCAAAGUAGUUGCUUUUUAUCUCAUGGAGAUAUACAUUGAACCAAGUGUCUUUUGUGUUACUAAAGAGACAAUCAACAUAGACAUUGUAAAAGUGUUUUCAGACUACCAAUUUCUCCAUGUCAAGCUUGUAUGUUAAAAAACAAUCACAAUUUUAGUUCAUAACUGGAGCUGGCAUUCUGAUUUUGUCAAGCUAAUACACAAAGAUUUUACAUCUUUUUAUGUUAUCAUGUCCAGGAGACAGACUUUCUAAAGUGUAAUAUUCAGCAAAUGUCUUCAUUGUUCAGCAGGUUAAGACAGCUACAGGAAAAGGGAAAAUGGAAUUGCAAUAUUUCCUAAGACUCAAGUGUUCUGAUUUUGUUUCAAGUAUUAAAACUCUUUAAAGCUUACUGCCUCUAUGAAAUAGAAAUGAAAGGAAAUAAAUUAAGUGCCACCGUCAAUCAAGAAUAGGAACAAUGGCAAGAUAAACACUGGAAAUGGGAGGCACUUAGUUGAAAUGAAUAUUAUUUAUUUCCCUGUCCUAUUUACUAAAAUGAGCCAGCUGGAGUUUGAUAGUGUCAAUUGGAGUUUGCGCAGAUCAUAUUAAUGUAAGUGGAAAAUAGUCACAUUGAUCCAAGUGUUUGGUCAAUGCGACUGUCUCAAGUUCUAAUUCCACACUAGCUCCAUACAUAAAACAACUGGAAAAACUCACUGCUAGUAGCAUCUAUGUAUAUUAGUUUGCCUUCUGGUAUUGAAUUUUUUUAUUUGAGUUCAGUAAUUCUGCUUCUAGUUAAUAAAUUGUGUGUGGAAUGAUUGUUGGAUAAAGGUAAAUGAAAAUCUCAUGCUAAUGAACAGAUUACUCUAUAGUGAAGAUAGUGAAUUAACUAUGCCCAAGAUCUAUAAUGUUAUGUCCAUAACACAAUGUGAAACAAUUAUCUGCCUCCUAAGACAACUUCAUGUGUAUAGGGAUUCAAUACACCUAUCUAUUGUUAUUUCGUCUUGAGUAUCAUAGAUGCAGCAUUGUAAUUUCGAAAAGAUCCUGGUUUAGCGAACAUGUGCUUGUGUGUUGGUAACAUGAAACUCCCACAUGGUGGUCUAGUAUACAUCUAUGAGAAUGUAAAGACAAACAGCUGAACCCAUUGUGAUAUUUGUAACUUGAAAUGUCUGAGCAACUGGGAGCUAAAACUUUUCUCUGCAUUCCAGUUAUAAAAAAAUGGUUACAGAUCACUAAUGUAUUGCAUUAGAUAUUAAAUGUCAGUCACUACAGGAAAGUGGAAUUAAUUUCCAAAUGUUUCAGAUAGCUUUGCAUUGGUAGUGGGAGCAGGGGGAUCAUGGAGAAAUAUUGAUGUCAAGUUGUGUCCCACAUGAAAUAAUCCAUCAUUAAGCAACCAUUUUCAUUAUUAUUAGUGAUUAACAAUGUUCAGGUCAGCACAUUCUAAACUGAAAAACCAAAUCUCAUUUCAAUUGACAGAGAUCGUAGGACCUGUAGUUAGAAUAGACAUUGAUUUUGGAAAUUAUUCAAGGUGCAAAAUUGUGAUAGCCCAGCUUCGUAGAUAUAUUAGACAGAAUGACCAUUUUGAACUUGACAGUUCUAAACCUGUUUUAAGUAAACCAAUAAACGCUAGUCUUGUUUCUAUGCACAGGUCAGAUUAAAAUUAUUGUUUUUAAGGGUUAUGACUGGCUGAGAGUAAGAGUCCAGUUGUCUCACAUAAGCAGUCUCUUUAAGACUUUGUAUUGGUUGACAAUAAAGCAUCUGAAUACUUAAUCCUGCUACCUGGUUUUCUUAUUGAGUGAAACUUCAAAUCGCUUUAUGGUCAAAUGACAAAUAAUCCUCUGUGAAUUAAAUGUUCAGUGGUGGAAUAAAACUAAGUCGUAAUUUGAUGAUUUCACCAAUAGUAGUGAUACAGUGCUAUCACAGUAUCUUGAACUGAGUGUUUUGCCUCACUGCUUUUCUCAUUUUGCCUAAAUUAUUUGCAUAUUAAAGCUUGAUUUUUGACUUAAGUUAGCCUUUUGAUCAUUCCAUCCAUAGCAAUGAAUUCUUAUGAUAUCCAGAAAUAUAAGAGACAAUUUUAACAUUUCCUACCCAUCUGAAGGUGGACUGUAGAUAUAACUCACUAAAAUCCUCCAGCAAUCUAGCCCUCAUCAAUUUUAACUUGAUCUUCUGACCAAGCAACAAGCUUGCUCAAAUAUGCAGACCUGGAGCUGCUGAUGUUAAUGAGCUUCCAGCUGCAAUUUGAACUGUGGCCUGAAUGGGAAAGUCUUCAUGGUAAAUAUAGAUGGAAGUAAAUUGAUACCAGAAACACCUAAAAAAGUAGAAUGUUUAGUCUCUCAUGCUCUGUUUCCUUCCACCCUCUUUCCCACCCUCACAGUAUUAGCCUCACACCACCAUUCCCUCACAUCAGAUGCUCCUGAAGCCUCGUUCCUUGAGAUUUAUCUUGUUGUCUACUCUUUUUCUUUUGGGCUCUGCCAGUCAAAUGUCUGCUCCCAACAGCAGUUGCUUCCACCCAUUCCCCAUAGGCAGCUGACUGGCACCAAGCAGGUGAGACUCAGAUAUUAAAAGUCUCAGGGCCUCACAUCGCCAAGGUCCAGUUGAGAGAGGGUCACCAUUUGUCUUACCCCUACGUUUAGUUAUUACCACAGUUCAAGCAAUUUUGGUCUGGAAGCAUUGAUACUACAACACUCUUUAAACUCUUUUCCCCUGAAGAGAUUCUUACUUUUAGUGAUUUAACAGUUAAGUCAAAAAUAUAACAAUAUGAUUUGCUUAAGAAGGAAAUGAUUGCUUGCAAGCAUUUUAUUUAAAAUAAAAUAACUUUGGAACAUUCCUUGUUGCCUGUCCUAAUGCAAUUCACAUUCAGUUUUUUUUCUGUAAUCAUAUAUAAAUAUAUUGUUUCAGUGAGAUCAGUAAGCUUAUGUUUUACAUGCAGUAGGAUUUCUCGUAUAUACUGUCAUUGGAUCCCUCUAUAAAAUUGAAUAAAGUCAAGAAGUAAAAUUGGAAGUGUCAUGAUGGAAGCUGUGUUCUUAGAAUUUAAAAGGAGAGAAUGAAAAUAGAUUGGACAAUAUCCAACAGGUAUUUAACUAUACCCAUUCCUGAGGUACUGAUGUGCAAUGUUGUCAAAUAGUGCAAAACCUUAAUAUAGGGGCCUAGUUACUGAAUAAUAUACAAUAUCAUUCCAGCAACCUUCUCUGCUAGUGUGUGCCUGAAAAUAUCCACUCUUUGAAACUUAAUUGAAAAUCCCAUUUUUUAGUAAGCCAAAAAUUGCAAUGCCAUUUAUAUUCUUUCUGUUAAACUAUACAAUUUUGCAAUUAUCUGAACUGAAUGCGAAGGCAUUCAUAAUAAAUAGCAGCAAAAUACAUUGCACAUACCAAUAUAACACGUUUAAUCAUUACAAACAUGUUAAGUACAAUUGAACAUAAAUAAUUAUCUCAAAAUUAUUUAUUGUGAAGUUUGUUACUGCUGCCCCAAAUCUUCACUAACUAGGUUCCUGUAUUUAGAAUUCACUCAGUCAAAUUUAUAAGAAACUAAAAUAUGAUUUGUGAGUAGAACACUCUAGAGUUUGUCCACUUAAAGCAGAAUAUGUAAUGCACAAUUGUCAACCAAUUACAAAUCAAAAUAUACUAAGAAAUUCAUGCAUUUAAACAUUUGAAACAUUUUACAGAAAUCUGAAGCUUUAAUCAAUAGUGACAGCUUUAGAUGUAAAUUUAUCUAUGAUGCUGUCUGUUCUUCAACUGUUACACUUCAGUAUGUUAUUACCUGCUACUUCUAUGAAUGUAAAUGGACUGGCCCAUUUCCACAAACUCUACAUAGCGUUUAAUCUGAGGACAUACAAGUUUCAUAAAAUUUACACGCUGCCCUAUUUGGUGUUAUAGGACUUUAUUUAUAUCUGUUGUAACUGUCUAGGAGUCCAGUGGAUUUUUGAAUAUAAGGGUAUUUUAGUAUUGUUAUUAUUUACCUAACACAGUACCAAUAAACAGCAAAUGUUUAUUGUGAAUGAAACCAAAGAUUAAAAUUUCCACACUGUGGUAAUACAAAUUUUCUAUGUAUAAAAUCUGUAGAGUCUUAUGUCGCAACUAAGAUACAGAUGAUAUUGUGAGGCUGCCACUGUUGUAUAAUGCUUUCAUGUUGUAAUAGCUUGUUCUGGAGAAUAAUGAUCCUCUUCUACAAGGGAAAUUAAAGAAAUGAUGUGGCAUCCAGCGUAUUGAAUUGGUGUGAUAUUAUUUGGUUGAAUCUUUCGUCUCUUUCUUUUUCAUAUUUUUGGGCAAGAAAUGUAACGAAGUAAAAAUUUUAUGGUACGGACUUCAAAAUGUUAAACAGUUUUUUGUGUAGAGAUAUAAAUGCCAUCUUAGCGCAUGGUUCUAGAAAUUUGGCUGCAUCUCUUUAUUUAUAGCUUAGCUUUGUCACCAUACCUAUUUCAUAUGUCUUAUCUACUGUGAAAUGCAAUUAUAAAUGUGGACACUCUGUUCAGUGUUGUUAAGCUAUUGAAAUGGGUAAGUGUUCGGCACUUUAUACAGUUACCUAACUCUUGAUAUAUAGUCCGGUGUUUAGGUACUAUAAUCUUGUCAUAAACUCUCCAUCAGAUACACAAUUAUGUCUUUCUAUUUGCAUUUUGUCAAAAAUCACCUAUUUGUUCAUGCUUUAUUGUCAUUACUGUGCUGUAAAUUUUGACAUUUAUGUUCAAUAAAUUAUUUUC